CAGCUGCUACUUGAUCCUCUUGGCCUUCCCUGCACCAUCUUCAGCAGUGUUGCCAUGGCAGAAGGCCACCCACAGAAGAACGUCUAUUGCGAUGGUAUUUUCGACAUGUGCCACAUCGGACAUCAAAACCUCUUCCGCAAUGCAUCCAAGCUUGGAACACAUGUUUUUGUUGGAGUUGUCGGUGACAAGGAUGCCAACAACUACAAGCGUCCACCAAUCAUGACGGCUGCAGAGAGAGAAGCUCAAGUUCUUGGAUGCAAACAUGUUGACAAAGUCAUUUCGAAUGCCUUAUGUUUUGGCAUGACAGAGGAGUUUUUGAAAGAGCACGAUAUCCAUGUUUGUGCAGUCGGCCAAGAGUACUUCGAUCGCUUCCCAAACCCAGACGAUGAUCCAUACUACAAAGUUCCCAGAAAGCUGGGCAUUGCUGUCCCCUUGCCUCGCUUUGACGGGCUGUCAACUUCUGAGUUGAUUCGAAGAGCUUGCGAGAGAAUGUCCCCAGACUGGAAAGCAACUGCCUUGACUGUGCCAACAGAAUUGGCAGAGUCAUCACACAGUAAGCUGUCUGAUGACUACGAGACGAGAGAAUUGCUGGACACUCCGCGGAAGAACGUCUAUUGCGAUGGUAUUUUCGACAUGUGCCACAUCGGACAUCAAAACCUCUUCCGCAAUGCAUCCAAGCUUGGAACGCAUGUUUUUGUUGGAGUUGUCGGUGACAAGGAUGCCAACAACUACAAGCGUCCACCAAUCAUGACGGCUGCAGAGAGAGAAGCUCAAGUUCUUGGAUGCAAACAUGUUGACAAAGUCAUUUCGAAUGCCUUAUGUUUUGGCAUGACAGAGGAGUUUUUGAAAGAGCACGAUAUCCAUGUUUGUGCAGUCGGCCAAGAGUACUUCGAUCGCUUCCCGAACCCAGACGAUGAUCCAUACUACAAAGUUCCCAGAAAGCUGGGCAUUGCUGUCCCCUUGCCUCGCUUUGACGGGCUGUCAACUUCUGAGUUGAUUCAGAGGAUCCAAGAUAGGUUUCCUCUUGACCAAGAGGCAGGCAAGUGAGCUUGAAAUGGCUUCGAUUUCC